CUGCAACCUUUCUUCAAAUAUUUUUUUUCUACAUAAACGAUGCACCGUUUCAAAGCACAGGGAAUCAGUUCUCGUCACUUGUCCAAACCAAAAUGGGUGAAUCCCAAGGACAAAAUUACACAGUGGAACAUUGUUCGAGGGGACAAGGUUGCCAUUAUUGCUGGCAAAGAUAAGGAUACCAUUGGCGAAAUCAAGUCGGUGAAUCGCCAGACGAACACGGUUAUCGUUGAAGGCAAAAAAUUGGCCAAGAAGCACGUCCCCCAACAGCCUGGCGCUCCCGAGGGUAUCAUGAGAAAAGAAAUGCCUAUCCACUACUCGAACGUCAUGUUGUUACAUCCUGAUACACAAAUUCCUACACGUAUCGAACGUCGACAGGUGGAAAAGACUUUGGAUGACGGACGAGUAGCAAAGAGAUGGACUCGAUUUGUUCAGGGCACAGAUGUCGAAAUUCCCAAACCAUCACAGAAAUAUGACGAGAGAAGUGGUGACGAAAAAUUCAGCACAUCGCCCGAAAACGCCAUUCACGAAAGCUUCAGUGGACUUUCUUUGGACGUACCGCCUCUUCCUGAAGGACUUGUCAAAGAACUUCGAAAUCCAUACAAAAAGCGCGUGGCUUCUGCAUAAAACAACAACAACAAAAACACAUACAUAGAUCCAUAUUCUCAUAUAAUGCAAAUUAAAAGCUUCCUUCAAUUUUUUGUUCUUUGUACAGUAAUAACACACUAAGGAAGAGGCAGAGUGUUGGCCCGGAAACAUCGUUGCCAGACAAGAUGGCUGUGCAAGUUCAUACACAGAGGCUGCAUAUUGAAACAGGAAUUCGAGUUAUGCCGUAUUUGAAGGUUUAUUGCUCAACAGCAGGGGCUGUCUGUGAGAUGGACAACUAUUAACUAUAGCAUUCAAUGGGCUACUUGAUUUGGAAUUGCCCAAUUUUGUAUGAUAUCUGUCAGGUUGGCUGACACGAGUAUGGAUGGAUAGGUCGCAAACAAAUGCUCUGGAAACAAAUAAACGUACUAGAAUGCAUAGGUUACUGUGUG